UAAUUCAAGGGUAAAGGUUGCACAGGCGCAGAUGGUCGCAACGUGACACGAGUGUGGCGGUAGCGGUGUGUGCAAGAAAUCCCCUGUCAUAGUCAGGUUGUAGCCAAGGAUCAGUCGCCCGCGCCGAACCAGGCUGACAUCGUUUAAACUGCCAAAAUAUGUCCUGGCUGUUCGGCUUGAAUAAGGGGCAGUCCGAUGCGCCCCCGGGUCUUCCAGUACCACCACCACCCCCUCCGCCGGCCGGGGGUUCGGGGGGAAGUGGCGGGGAUAAACCCAAGGACAAAUGGAGUAACUUCGAUCCGACCGGGCUAGAGCGAGCGGCCCAAGCGGCCAAGGAGCUGGAUAAAUCGCGUCAUGCAAAGGAGGCGCUGGAACUGGCGCGCAUGCAGGAGCAGUCUGUGCAAAUGGAACAUCAGAGUAAAAUCAAGGAGUAUGAGGCUGCUUUGGAGCAGCUGAAAGGUGACCAAAUUCGCAUCCAGGGUGAGGAGCGGAGGAAAACGGUCGUGGAGGAGACCAAGCAGCAUCAAUCGAGGGCGAAGUACCAGGACCAGCUGGCCAGACAGAGGUACGAGGAUCAGCUAAGACAGCAGCAAGCCCUGAACGAGGAGAAUCUGCGCAAACAAGAGGAAUCCGUUUUGAAGCAGGAGGCCAUGAGGAAAGCGACCAUCGAGCACGAGAUGGAGCUGCGGCACAAGAACGAGCUGCUGCGCGUGGAGGCGGAGGCCAAGGCCCGCGCGCGCACCGAGCGGGAGAACGCCGACAUCAUCCGCGAGCAGAUCCGCCUCAAAGCGGCCGAGCACCGGCAGACGGUCCUGGAGACGAUCCGGACCGCGGGUGCAGUUUUCGGGGAGGGGUUUCGGGCCUUCGUGUCGGACUGGGACAAAGUCACAGCGACGGUUGCUGGGCUGACCCUGCUGGCUGUGGGCGUGUACUCCGCGCGGAACGCCACGGCCGUGGCAGGGCGCUAUAUCGAGGCUCGGCUGGGAAAGCCGUCGCUGGUCAGGGAGACGUCCAGGAUCACCGUGGCUGAGGCCAUCAAGCACCCAGUCAAGAUGACGAAGCGUUUGACCAGCAAGCCUCAGGAUGCCCUGGAGGGAGUGGUGCUCAGUCCGUCAUUGGAAGAGCGAGUGCGUGACAUCGCCAUAGCAACCCGGAACACCCGUCAGAACCGCGGGCUGUACCGGAACAUCCUGAUGUACGGCCCGCCUGGAACUGGCAAGACGCUCUUUGCCAAGAAGCUGGCGGUGCAUUCUGGGAUGGAUUACGCGAUCAUGACGGGUGGAGACGUAGCGCCCAUGGGACGUGGCGGUGUGACUGCCAUGCACAAGGUCUUCGACUGGGCCAACACCAGUCGCCGCGGCCUGCUGCUCUUCGUAGACGAAGCCGACGCAUUCCUUCGCAAGAGAGCCACUGAGAGGAUCAGUGAAGACCUCAGAGCCACCUUAAAUGCAUUCCUCUAUCGCACAGGCGAGCAGAGCAACAAGUUCAUGCUGGUGCUGGCCAGUAAUCAGCCGGAGCAGUUUGAUUGGGCGAUAAACGACCGGAUCGACGAGAUCGUGAACUUCGCGCUGCCGGGGCCGGAGGAGCGGGAGCGGCUGGUGCGGCUGUACUUCGACAGAUACGUCCUGCAGCCGGCCACCGGGGGGCGACAGCGGAUGAAGCUGGCGCAGUUUGACUACGGGCAGAAGUGCUCGGAGAUCGCCCACCGCGCAGAGGGCAUGUCGGGAAGAGAGAUCUCCAAACUGGGCGUGGCCUGGCAGGCCGCGGCGUACUCCUCGGAGGACGGCGUUCUGACCGAGGCCAUGAUUGACGCGCGGGUGGAAGACGCCGUCCGCCAGCACCUCCAGAAGAUGGACUGGCUGCAGAGGGAGACGCCCGGCACGGCAGGAGGGCAGGAGGGCGGGCCGGACGGCAUGGGGAAAAUGGGCUUCAACCUGCCCCUGGAGGACGUCCCACGGGCCCUUGGGGCCGACGUGCCGCCCCUGACGGGGGCAGAAAGCGGGGGCGGUGCGGGGCUCCCCUCGCCCCAGGAGGGGGUCCCGCUGGCCCAGGAGGUGAUCGAACUGGCCCAGGACACUCAGGAGAGCGCCGCCCUGGCUGCGGAGGGGAGCGCUGCGCCAACCACCCCGGGGGUGCCCCAGGACAGCACGCCCCCGCCUGCUGAGGACGGGGCAGAACUUGGGGGCAGGAAGGAGGAUGAACAGAGCAAAGAGGGGGCAGGGGCCACCCCUCCACAGGAGGGGGGGGCAGAUACUGGGAGUAAAACGACGGCAGAGGUCCCACCCAAAGACGGGACCCCUGUCUGAGACACAGUAGGGCUUACAACGGUGAGCGGGGCGGUGUCAAAGUUAUGCUGGAGCGGCCCGUUAUGGGGAGUCUGUACAGCCUGAGGCGGGGGUGGGGGGGGGCCGCUGCAGUGAGUCAUUAUGAUUAAAUUACGCACCUGUUACCAUCUCAGUAGUUUCUGUCUGUCUGACAUUCCAGCUUAGAGAAGGAAAGAAAAGGAUUGUGAGUGACUGAGAAGAUCUGUGUGUGUGUGUGCGCGCGCGCGUGCGUGUGUGCGCACGUGUGUGUGUGCAUGCGUGUGUGUGUGCAUGCGCGCUGAUUCACAUUUGAGUACCAAUACUGGGAGACCGAGUGAGAGGGAAUGAAAGAAGAAUUAUUUAAAAUGAGAGACGUAUGUUUUAAAUAAAACAUUUUGCUUCAGUUUCUAAGAGGCUGCAGUGUGACCGUGUAUACCCCAAGGCCCAGCUGUCAAAACACUCACAGUAGCACAGUAGUUCGUAUAGAGUGGAGCCACACUGACUUCCAAAGAACCGUACUAACAAGAUUGUCAUAAACCUGAAAACAUGCUCAAAACUGCACAAUACAAUAUACAUUUUUCACGUCUCUCGUGGCUGAAAAGCACUGUUUUGGUAAUACUGCUAGUGCUGCCAAUCUGCCCAUUCGCACUAAGUGUUUCAGGUGCCAUGUCCAAGUUUUUAAAAUGUAAUAAUUUCUCAUUUAAGUACCCUUUUCAGGGCUGCAGGGAGGAUUGACAUUUUGAGUAAAUAUUAUUUAGUUUAUUUUAUGAUAACACUAUUGAAAGAAAUGUUCAGAUAUUAACAUGGAUUUUUCAAAGUUUAUUAAAAAUAACUUUUGAAGGUAUUUGUGAUUGACAAAUUGAUGGAAAGCCUUAAACUACCUGUGUGUUUUCCAUAUAUGUGUAGUGUGUGUCUGUGUGUGUAUAUUAUCCACUGUGGACCAAAAGUCUGAUUGUUUUCAUUGUUUAUCAAGGGCCAAUACAAUUAUGAUACCCUGUCCCUCUUA